GAGGAGCGUGCGGUGGGUGAAUGGCGAAAGAAUUGCUUGGUAAUAACAAUGCGAGCCGCUUUGUAACAACAAUGCAUCGGCCAUCGUCGUUGUCGUCGUCGUCGUCGUCGACAAAGAAGACAGCAGAGAGUGAGAGAGAACUCUAACAAGACCUCGACGACACGCCGUUUGCGGCCAUGAUGUCACGCACGCCCUCGCCGGGUAGCACCGCUGGCAGCGCCCCGGAUCUGGGGCAACAGCCCACCUACGAGCCCAUCAGACUCGAUGCCGGCGACCGGCCGCGUCCGCGAAGCUUACACUCAUAUGCAGGCAGCGAUGGCUACACACGCUGGGAUGAGGAAGACGUGCUUCCUUCUCCUCCUCCUUCUACCGGGGCACUCCCCGUCGACCCAGAGAAGGCUUUCGACGUCACAUGGGAAACGCUGCCUGAUGCCGCCGCCUCGCGCACCACGCUCAAUCCUCGAACCAUGUCCAAGGCUCGCAGGUGGAUGAUUGUUGUCAUUGUUUCGGCGAGCUCGCUCUGCGUGACGUGCACCUCGUCGCUAUACACCAGCACCUACGGUCAGCUGAUACCCGAGUUCCACACCUCGCGUAUAGUGGCUACGCUUGGUCUUUCCCUCUUCGUGGCGGGCUUGGGCUGCGGACCCAUGAUCCUUGGCCCUUUAUCUGAAUUCUACGGCCGCCGCCCCAUCUACAUUGUCUCCUACACCUUCUUUCUCAUCUGGCUUGUCCCUUGCGCCGUCGCGCGCAACAUGGCCACCAUGCUGGUCAGUCGCUUCUUUGACGGCCUUGCUGGCUCCGCUUUCCUGAGCGUCGCUGGCGGCACCGUCGGCGACUGCUUCGCCAAGCACGAGCUCUCUGCCCCCAUGAUGAUUUACACUGCAUCGCCGUUCAUUGGGCCCGAGGUUGGCCCUCUGGUGGGCGGCUUCAUCAACCAGUACACUGAUUGGCGGUGGUCCUUUUACGUAUUGUUGAUCUGGGCCGGUCUGCAGCUGGCCUUGAUCAUCCUGUUAGUGCCCGAAACGUAUCACCCUGUGCUUCUCCGACGCAAAGCUCAGAAGCUAAGAAAGGAGACUGGCGACGAGGCUUGGAGAGCACCAAUCGAGAGGUCGUCCAAAUCUAUUCCAAGGACGAUAGUUUUGUCGUGCACUCGCCCAUUCCAGCUUCUAAUCUUGGAGCCAAUGUGCCUAAACCUAUGCAUCCUAUCGGCGAUCUUGCUAGGCAUUCUAUACCUCUUCUUUGGUGCCUUUGCCCUCGUGUUCGAGAAUAACCAUGGUUUUACACAGUCACAGACAGGCUUGGCAUUCCUGGGGCUUUUUGUAGGCAUGAUUCUAGGCAUUCUCACCGAUCCCCUGUGGCGUAGAAACUAUGCCAGACUCGUUAGGAGACGCGAGGCGGAGGGUGGCGAGAAAGGCGAGUCCGAGCCCGAAUUUCGUCUGCCUCCUACGAUCCUGGGGGCCGUAAUCGUGCCUAUUGCGCUUUUUGGAUUCGGCUGGACGACAUAUUCCUCGGUUCACUGGAUAGUUCCAAUAAUCUUCUCGGGCUUGUUCGGCAUUGGUGUCAUCUGUGUCUACUCAGGGGUAUUCACGUUCCUCGUCGAUUGUUACCCAUUGUAUGCAGCCAGUGCAUUGGCGGCGAACAGCUUUGCUCGGUCAAUGUUUGCCGCAGCGUUCCCGCUGUUCGGCGUCCAGAUGUACAACAGCGUGGGAUACCAGUGGGCGACGUCGGUGCUGGCCUUCCUGGCCUUGGCCAUGGCCCCCUUUCCUUACUUUUUCUAUCGGUACGGCAAGAGGCUCAGGGGCAAGAGUCGGUUUGCGUCAGCGUAGGCCGGAUGGGGCAAGGCGAGCAUCGGGGGGGGUGCGUCGGUUGGGAUUGUAGCUGGCAGGCGACGGGCGCUUGCUGCCUGGCGGGCGGCUAUAUAUAGUGGUCGCACCGCAUGCCAGCACGUGACACAGUCUCGACCAUG